AUGGUAGAUCCAGUGGAGGCGAAACCCUUUGAUUUUCGUGUCAGACCAGUGCCAGACCAGUGUCAGGCUACAGCGUGCAAGCUAGUGGUCAACCCAUCGUCAUUUUUCGUCUUGACUGCAAACCACAUCGUCGCCAUGGAUAAAUGUCCGGCCAACCGAGAUGCUGCCCUCGCCGACGCUCCCCUGCCGUCCGCGCCUCCGGACGGCGACAACUCCUCCCGAGCGGAGCGGGUGGGCGUGGUGAUCGUGGGAGGGGGCGUGGCAGGGCUGACGGCGGCGAAGACUCUGCUCGACAAAGGCGUGAAGGAUUUUGUGAUUCUGGAGGCUCAAGGUCGGCUGGGAGGCCGCGUCCACACGGUCAGACAAGGUCCAGUGCUGGUGGAGGCGGGGGCGGAGUGGAUCCAUGGGGGGCGGAAGAACCCCUUGUACCGCCUCGCCUCCUCCCUGCACGCUGUCGGGAGGGAGGUUCCUGAAGAUGCCUUCGAGAGACGCGUGGUGACCCAGGACGGAGAGCCCUGUGACCCAACGCCGUGUGAAAGCGUGGUGACAACCCUCAUGGACGAAUGUGACAAUAACGGUAUACUGGCACCCUAUUAUAACACAGGGUAUGGGCAGUAUUACGUGGACAGGUUUCCCGAGGUGUACGGACCGGGUCACGAUAGCGCCAAAGGCAGGGCUUGGCUGCACCUUCUCGAACAGAUGGUCAAGGGCGAGGAGGGAAUCGACAGCUGGAUGGACAUUUCGGCGAAGGACGCGGAUGAAUACAUAGACCUCGGGGAAGACUAUAACUGGGCCGACGGCUUCGAUGCGCUUGUCAACUAUCUUCAGGAAAGUAUUCCAGAGGGACACAUACGCGUAAAUUCCCCUGUAUCACGUAUCCUGUGGAACGAGAGAGAUGACGAAGUGGAAGUGAUGACGUGUGACGAAGGCGAAGCGUCUUACAUCACCUCCGUCGUCUUGGUCACGGUCUCCCUCGGGGUUCUGAAGGAGCAGCACGAAAACCUCUUCAGGCCGGGGUUGCCGGAGCCGUUCGCGAGGAACCUGCAGCUGGUAGACCUCGGAGUAGCCAACAAGAUCCAGGUGGGGUGGGCGGUCCCGUGGUGGGGAUCAGCCCCUCUCGAGCUCUUCGUUCUGUGGACGUCUUUGGAUCUGGAGAGUGAGAUGGACUGGCUCUACGGCAUUGUGGCUAUCGAGAGCGUCUACAACCAACCUUCAGUGCUAGAGAUGUUCAUAAUGGGAGAAAACUCUCGUAAGAUGGAGGAGCUGCCUGAAGAUACUGUCAGAGAACAUGUGCUGUCCUUACUGAGAAGAGUGACCAGACAGGAUGUUCCCCGACCGACGUUUUUUAAUAGGACGACGUGGGGCAGCAACCCCUGGACUCGAGGCUCCUACUCCUCCUUCGUCACCGUGGGGGGAGCGAAGGCCGGGCUGCUGCGGCGGGAGGCGCUGGCGACGCCCAUUGCCAACGCCAACAGGAAAACGGUGCUGACGUGGGCAGGUGAACACACGCACAAUACUCGGUACGGCACAGUAGACGGGGCGAUGGCCACGGGGAAGAGGGAAGCUCACCGGAUACUGAAUAUUCUCAAUGCUAAUUAGUGAAGUUAAUGACUGGUUAGCUGAUAAGGAUGAUUAACAUUACCGUUGUCAUUAGUAGCAGCAGCGUCUUCAUCUUCUUAAUUUUUCAUCAUCUUUUUUGUCUUAUCCUCACGAUCAUUAUCACUAUCUUCAUGACAAUCACUCAUCAGCAGCAGAAAGAUCAUCUUCACAGUCAUCUUCACACCAUCAUCAUUAUCAAAGUAUAUGAAUUUGUGGUGAGUAUAUUAGCACUGAUUUCUGUUUUAAUUAAAAUCUUGCUGUCCUGUGAUUUUCUUGGUUAAACAUGUUAUAUUGAUAUGUCGCUUGACUUCAUGAGAAAUAUGAACAUGGUUUACUUUUAGAACUAUUUUUGAUAAAGUCAUUAAAGAAAGCAAAUCUAUUGA